AUCUGAUGGGAGUGGUGACAAACACCUCGAGAAGAUCCCAACUCUGAAGAAGCCCAUCGUGACCCAUUGCACGUUGCCCGGACGUCUGCAGUACUUGGAGGUCCGACCUCCAGGGAAGAUGACUCCCCAUUAUUAUGUGCAGUCGCAACAGUUUACCGGUUAUGUACUAGAGACGUUCAAAGGCGGCUACUUCAAGCUGCACCUGAACAACGACCAAGUGGUGGAUGGCAUCACCUGCCUCAGUCCAGAGAGCCUCUCGCUGGACAACUUCAAGAACCUCUACGGACUGUCCGCAACUGUGUUGAAUAACGUGCAUUUGAGAUACACUGCAAAAAAACUCGACGACUUCUAUUCGUUCUUCCGUUCAAACUGGGCGUUGUAUUUGUAUCUCGAACGAGCUGAUGAACUCUUUGCAAUGGCUAAGGAAUUGUUACCAAAGGGUCAAAAAAAUGGGAACACCUUAAACGAUGCUCUAAGGUCCAUCGCACAAAAUUUGUAUAACCCAUCCUACAGAUUCAACACAAAACUGAGGAUACGCUCCAAGUUCGAACAGUCGCCACACGUGUCAGCCAUCACCGACUACGUCAUGGAGUGGAUAUCAGACAACGAUGUUCUACUCCCGAUAUAUCUCCAACAAGCACAUAAAAACGAAUGCACCCACGACCUGGGUUCUCACCCCGCGUUCGUAAAAAAGAAGAAAAGUCUGAUUAAAAUGUUACAGAGGAUACUUUAAUUGAAUAGAAUAAUAAAGAUUGACAGAAAUUA